CCAGAGGGCAAGCCGCGGUACUGGUACCGAGACAACUUCUUCCUCACCACCGACAAGGCCUAUCUCGAGCCCCAGGCCGUCAACGCCGUCUUCGAGUCCGACCUCAUGUGGUGGAACGACCCGCUGCCCGAGGACCAGAUGCGCAAGAUGCUCGCCAAUUGCAUGACGGUCAGCGUAUACCACGUACCCGAGUCGGAGAAGCAGAUGCAGACAAACGGCCCACCGAAACGCCCAUACGGAUCCGACAUCAAGCUGGUCGGCCUCGCCCGCGUCAUAACCGACUACGUCACCUUCGCCUACCUCACCGACGUCUUCAUCGUCGAGGAGUUUCAGCGCCGCGGCCUCGCCAGCUGGAUGAUGCGCGGCCUCAAGGAGGUCGUCGACGAGUGGCCUCACCUGCGCGGCCUCGUCCUCAUGACGCACGACAAGGCCGCCGCCAAGAUGUACCAGCGCGAGCUCGGCGCCCUCGAC